AUGGCUUUCGUGCCAGCCGGACAGACCUUGAGGGGCAGUUCCAGCGGCCCUGAGCCAAUGGCCAGGGCUCAGACCCCGUCCAGCACAGGGAUCUACGCUUCCGCGGGCUUGGCGACGGCAGCUGCCGUGGCCGGAGCCACAGCCUUGGCCAGACCUGUUCAGCGAAGGGUCGAGCGAAAGGUCGUGGGAGUUUGCUUGCCCUUGACCGACAAGUUUGACCCGCUGGACCUGGGAAACACAGAUGCCAAGAUGGAGCGAUACAGCGCUGUGGAGAUUAAGCACGGGCGAGUCUCAAUGAUUGCCGUAGUUGGCUAUAUUAUGCCAGAAAUCUUUCGCUUCCCAGGCUGCGAGGAUUUCAAACACGGCUUAUCAGCGCUUGAGAGCAUUCCUUUCGAGGGUUGGGUGCAGCUGCUGGCUCUAGUGGGUGCCCACGAAGUUCUCGUGAAGCCGCGUGAGGGUGGUCUUAACAGCCAGGACUUCGGCUUGGGCACGGAGCUUUUGGACGGCAUCGACGACGAGGAGCUGGAGCGCAAGCAGACCUCCGAGCGCAACAACGGCCGCCUGGCUAUGAUCGCAAUCCUUGGCCUCAUGUGGCAGGACGGAACCUUUGGCGAGGCACCUCUGAGCUACAUGAACAAGUACGGCUUCUGGGGCGAGCCUGUGCAGUUCAUUGUCUCGCACAUCGCAAACUGCCAGUCCUUCAGCGGCAGCUACGUGAACAACGGAGGCCUGUGCGCGCUUCCCACUCGCGGGCGCACCACCAUGCAUGCCAUGCAGAAGCUGGCUGAGGGCGAAUACGUCGAGUUGGAGACCUACCCCAAGGAGAUGGAGAUGUCUCCCUCUGUGCCCUUCCUGAGGUAUCCGCAGGUGCUGAAGGGCUGGGUCGGUGAGGAGAAGGGCUUCGACCCUCUCGGUGUCACUGAUGCCCUUCCCGUCUACUGGGUCCGUGAGGCAGAACUGAAGCAUGGCAGGAUUGCCAUGCUCGCCACAGUCGGAUGGAUUGCCACAGAUUUGGGCUUCCGCUUCCCCGGCGAGAAGUUCCAGGCCGUGGCCAACAACAUCGAGGCCCAUGAUAAGAUGGUCGAAGCCGGCUACAUGCUCCCCUUCUUCGGUGCCAUCGGCGUCUUCGAGCUGUUUGCUCUGUGGCUUUUCUUCCAGUCCUGGCCCAUUGGCGAAGGCAUCAACCGUGAGGCAGGCGACUACUGGCUCGGCAAGCAGUUCCUGCCCAAGGACCCCGCGAAGGAGAAGGACAUGCGGCUGAAGGAGUUGGAGAACGGACGCCUGGCGAUGUUUGCCUUCAGCGGCAUUGUCACCCAGGCCGUCAUCACUGGAAAGCCUUGGCCCUUCUUGUGA